AUGGGCUUCUCCACGGAGGCUGUUUUGGUGGAGGUGGUGGGGGGUGACUGGGGGAGACCACUGUGGCAGGCAAGAGGGAGGAGAGGAGAGAUAGAGAGAGAGGAGAGGGAGAGAGGGAAGCUGGUGAAGCCGCGGAUAUUCAUGAAGACGGCUAGUGUUUUUUCUCUCGCCGUGGUGACACACAGCUCGUCUGCAGAGAGAAGGAGACGGGUGAAAGGAAGAAGACGUGGCCCAGCCCAUCUUUCCACUGAUCUUGAGGCAAUCAAGGUGAGUGUGUUUUUAUUCUUAUAUGCUGCAGCCUCACUCUGUGUGUGUGUGUGUGUGUGUGAGUCUGUCUGACACAUAUCUCAUGCAGUGUGUGUGUGCAAACAGGCAUGAUGUCAGGGCUGUCCUCGUGUAUGCAUGGAUUCACUGUCUUUACUCCAGAUAUAAAAAUAAAUAAAUAUAUAUAUUUGGCUGUUUUGUAACAGAGGAGCAGGCUGGUCGUUGAGCAGCAUAUUGAUGCGUUGCUGCUUGGUUUUAUAAGCUGCUUUCUCUGGAGUGGAGGUGGUACUGGUGGCAGCCAUAUGUGCUUAAAUUCCUAAUUGCCCGUGUGUGUGUGUGUGUGUGUGUGUAUAUAUGUCACUGUGUCACAUUUGUUGAGUCCUCCACACAGCCCUGCUUUCACCAGAGCAUAUAUGCAGACUGGGGUGAGAGUGCCUUCAGUGAGUGGGUGUGUUCUUGUUCAUGACCCCUGCUAAAAGUCGUCUCCUCUCCACUAUCUGUCUGUUUACCAGCUCAAUCAGAAACACUCGGAUAUGCUGAAUCUGUCCUAUCCUGUGGAAUUGGGUCAUCAUCUCGGACUGCUCACAGUAAUUAUAUAACACCAGACAGCUUUGGUGUUGCAGUAUCUGCUCUGAAUUAGCCACAAUGUAGGUACAGCUCCUGCAACGCCAAAAUAUUUGAUCAGGGCUGAGUUCACCAAUCAUUUAUCAGGAUGUGAGUCAACAAAUCAAGAUUUUUCAAGUCAGAACACCGUUGCUGUUUUUUUUUAUGUGUUUGGAAACAAUAACAGAAGUCAACUGAGUCGGUAACAUAACAGGUGGAGUCGAGUUUUUCAUUUUAGCGAUGCAUCAGAAAGAUUUCACAAAGCGAAAACAGGACACAGAGUUCUGACAAAGAUGAGUCAGAAAAUCAGCUCAUCAAGUCUGUUUUUCUUUUUCACAGAAUCCAAACCAAAGAGGACGCGCCGAAACGGGUUUGAGGAUGCGUCCCGGCUUAUCAAACCUGGAGUCUGAUAUGUGA